AUGGAGGACGUUCGUAGUCUGAGUAUUAUAGGCCAGCGUACUUUCGACGCGGACUCCUUUGGUUAUGAUCGCUUAGGCGAGAUUGCCCAGGUUGCUGAGCGGGCGUUGUCCGUCAAUGCAACAAAUGUUGUACGGCACGAUCUCGAUAGGCAUGUUGAGGGUGAGGAUGAGGCUGAGGAUGAGGAUGAGGAUGAGGCUGAGGAUGCAGACCAGGAUGAUCAGUUUGAGGGUCAGGGUUAUCAGCGCCAUGAGGAGCGUGGAUCGAGUCGACUCUAG